AUGGCCUCGCUCUGCGCCUCCUGGUGCUGGGCAGCUCCCGUGACCGUCGCCGCCGCGUCCCCGAGCACGCGGCCCGCUCGCGUGACCCUGCGCGCGCUCCCGCGCGCCGCCUCGCCGGCGCCGUUGCUGAGGAUCCAGCAGGGCCGACGCCCGCACGGCGCAUUCUUCCCCUCCCGGUGCCAGAAGGGCGCCGAUCGCCACCUCGAGCCUGAGCCCGAGCCCGAGCGGGGGCGAGAGGACGGCGGUCCGGAUUCGUUAGACGUCAUGCUCAAGGAUCUGGCGGAGUACAGUGACUACUAUAGAGCCAACAAACUGGGCCUGCGUGUGCCACCCAGGAUGUUCCGUAAGCAGGACGAUGAAAUUUGUGAGCAUAUGAAGAAGAUUAUUCGUUCCAAGACAGUCCCUUGUGGCAACGAUGGAAAAAGGAUCAACACGUCAUUGCGUCAAGAGAAUCCAAGCAACAAUCAGAUGGCAAUGACGGUCUGCCAGCGAGCUCGAUCAUCUCUAGAUAUAGCUUCCACGGUCAUGGAUAUUACAUCAUUGUUAGGCCUCGGUACAACAGAAAUCUCUCAACAUACAACAGACCAGAUGGUUAGGCUAUAUGCAGCAACCUUUUGUGACGCUGCCGAGGCUGCCUGCCUCACAGGGGUUGAGAAGGACACAAUUCUUUCGUUUCUCGGGGCUCUUGGAUGUUUAGGGGCAAUUGCACACAUCUUGGUUGAAGAUAUCAGGGCCAAACUCAAAGAUGGUCCUUGGAAGAAUAAGAUAAAGUUUCACUUGGAUAUAGAUUACCACGAAUUCUGUAAGAAGAUGGAUGCUUUGAAAAAGGAAAUUGAUCUGGCUGAACGAAAUGAUGCACGCAAGGUUCUAAUAGUGUACAUCUACUUUAACAGGCUAUGGAUCAGGUACUCUGGAAUGGUGUGCGGCAUGCAGAAUCAUAUGUUUCCAAACUGA